AUGGCAAAGGAAACAAAGGUAAGGUAUGGAUGGGGGGAUGAUGAUGAAAAGAAAAAUGAAUUUCUCAAUUCUGAAUCGCGUAAUCUUUGGGUGAGCAAUUUAUCAUCCCUUACACGUGCAACGGAUCUCAAACAAGUUUUUUCAAAACAUGGAAAAGUCAUCGGAGCCAAAAUAGUGACAAACGCUCGCACUCCCGGUGCUCGUUGCUACGGAUAUGUUACGAUGGCCAACAGCGAUGACGCCAUGAGAUGCAUCAAACACCUUCACAGAAUAGAACUUCACGGUCGAAUGAUAUCAGUUGAAAAAGCAAAAGGAGAUGCGACAGGACCGUUAAAAACCAGCGAAUCACGUAGAUCGGACGGUAGACGAAAUAGUAGUCGGAACGAUUCCAUAGGGAAAGAAAAAAAAUCACUCGAUAAAAAAUGGGACGAUAAAAAACCCACCGAAAAUGGUAAACCCAGGCAAAAAUCAGAUGGUUUAAUGGAGGAUUGCAAAGAAGGGAUUUCGGACGAUAGAAGGAUGUUGAAUAGGAGCGAUAAAAGAGAUGAAAAAGGAGGGAUGGGGGAAAAAUCAAAGUCGAGAGACGAUGCCAGAGAUGAUAGGGGUGGCGGUGGUGGUGGUAGUGGGGGACACGGGAGUCAUCGAUCAAUUCACAGUCACAGUCCAUUCCGAAGGAGACAUUCCCCUAGAAAAGAAGUUUUAUCUUUUUCACAAAUCAAGGAGGAAAGAGAGCGUCAAAGGCUGAGAGAAAAAGAACGAAGGCUUCGAGAAGAAGCCAAAAGGCGAAGGGAAGAGGCUUUGCGUCAGAGAGACAUCGAUAGAAGGCAAAAAAGUGAAGCGGCUCGAAUAGAAAGGGAAAAAGAAAAAUUGCGAUUGGAAAGAGAGAAAAUCGAACGUGAAAAAAGUGAAUUGUUGAGAAUGGAACGUGAGCGUCAAAGGCUCGAACGCGAAAGGAUCGAAAGGGAAAAAGAAGAAUUGCGGAUGCAACAGAAAAGGUUAGAAGCAGCCAGGAGAUCGAGUAAAAAAAGACCGUCGGACGAUCGAAGAGAUUAUCCAGACAAACGUGCCGCCAUUAAUUUGGGACAUUUCGACGCGCCGCCACCUCCGAGGUUCACCGAAGAAGAUAGAAGAAGAGAAAGAUCGAGACGAGAAGAAUUUGAAUCGGAUCGACGGCGGGAUUCGAACACGUCGAGAAGUCGAGGGGAUGAAUUUAGUAGGAAAAGUUCUUCGACUUCGCACGGUGGAAAAGAAGCAAGAUUCGAAAGAGACAGAGACAGAGAUCGAGAUAGAGAACGUGAAAGAGAUAGAGACAUAUCGAGUUCGACAUAUAGAAGUCGGGAUGAACGAAGGGAAAGGGGAAGCGGGGAUUGGCAUUCUAGUUCGGGACAACAAGGCGGUACUUCGUUCGGAAGCAUGGGAGGUCCUUCGGGUCCGAGUUCAAGAGAUCCUUGGGGUUCAUCGGAUAGGAAAGCCGAAAGUAGUUCUUGGGGUCGAUCUGAAAGUACAACUAGCGAUAGGUGGGCCAGCAAUGCAUCCAACAUGUUACUGGGUAGAGCUCCCGGAGGAAGCGUCAUAGCGAGCGCAUUGUAUCAAAAUCAACCCGUACCUCCAGGUUUGGGAAUGGGUUUAUCGUUGCCCUCAAACGGACCUUACAAUAACGAUAGAUUCGACGCUUACAAACCCUCAAUUAGUAGUAUUAGAAAAUUUUAA